AGUACAAAAGAUAGAAUGACGCAUUUAGUCUUUUCUCCGAAUACUCAAAUUGUCGUUUCUCUCUCCUCUGCAAUCACCCUUCCAAUGGCGGCGAAACUGAAGAUAGCAGGGACAUGGUCAGGUGUUUUAGAGGUAGAAUUAGAGAAAUUGACAGUACCCAUGUUGCGUCAAGAGGUUGCUAAUCGAUCAAAUUGCAACCCAUCAUCGAUCAAUUUGAUUUUUGGAGGUCGUUUACUCAAAGACACUGAUGAUCAAAACAACACCAACAACCUUAAAUUGAGUGAAUUGGGUCUUAAAAAUAAUUCCAAGGUUUUGUCCACUCAAGUCAAUGUUGACGCCGGCAAGUCUUUUCAGAAAGAAUUGACUGAUGUAGAAGAACGCCGUGCUAAGCUCAGUCGCCUUGAGUUAGCUGCAGGUAUGCUCGUGAAGAGACAUGCUGAAGGAUUACUACCGAUUGAGGACUUCAACAUAGAGAUGGAAGAUCAAAGAGGGCAGAAGGUUAAAUUGGAGUCUGAGUCUGAGCAAAGAGCAAUAAUGAUGGGUCUUAUGUUGCAUACAAAGGGAAAACAGCUAAUGAGAAAACAACAAUAUAAAGAUGCAUUGCAUGUGCUUAAACUGGGAGAGGAGGCCUUUACUCUCAUUGAUACGAAAUUCGUAGAGAGGAUUGACAAUGUUCCGAUCCUUCAAAUUGAUAUGGUGUGGUGCUGUUUUAUGCUCCGUGACAUCAACUUGCUUGCAUUGGCUGGUGAGCGUCUUGAAGUAGCUAGAAUAGGAAUUGAACAUUCCCAUGGAAAGAAUGCCUCUCGUGCAAGAAAGCUUAACAGAAGUCGUAGCCCAGAGAUGGCAUUAUAUUUGAGGUUGGAGCUCUUGGAAGGUGUUGCAGCAUUUCACUGUGGAAAAUUGGACAAAUGCAGAGAAUCUUUGACAUCUGCCAAAGCAAGAUUCGACAAGCUUCAAGUAUCAGACGAAGCCUUAUCACUGUUAAUGAGCAUGGGAUACCAUGAAUAUGAAGCUAAGAGAGGUCUGAAAAUGAAUGAGCAGGAUGUUGAAAGCGCUAUCAAUUUUCUCGAAGAAGAGAAAGAAAAGAAAGCAAAGAAGCAGGAAGACAAUAUCAAGCGUCAGCAGGAAAUUAGGGAGCAGAAGAAAUUUGGAAAGACUCCACUUGGUAAAGCUGUUGAUCUUCAAAUAGUGCACUAUAUGGAGAGCAUUGGAUUUGAGAGGGAGCUUGCUGCAGAAGCCCUGCGAAGACAUGAAAAUGACACUCAAAAGGCUUUGGAUGCUCUUACUAACCCUGAGCUUAAUUCUAAGAUACAGCUUGAUAUUGACUCUAAGAAGAGGAAAAGACAACAAAACCAUUUAAAUUCAAGAAUCGAGGAACUUGUAUCCAUGGGUUUUCCAAGAUUAGAAGUGAUUUCUGCUGUUAAUUCCCACGGAACAAGAACUGAGGCAUUAAACGCGCUGCUUGCACAAGGGCAGACCCCUGGAGCUGCUGUUGAUGGAUCCAUACCCAGUUCUGAUCCUGCUCCCCGUUCAAAUGCUGAAACAACAGAAAAUCAGACGAGUUCUAGUUCUAGUUCUAGUUCUGGUGAGAGAGAGAGUCCAUCAAGUUCUCAACAAGGGAUAGAACGAGAUGUUGAGAUGGAAAAUGAACUGUUAGAGGGACUCCAAGGAGAAGACACGUUUGAAGAUUAUGACAUUGACGUGACAAUAGAAGCGGAUGCUAUUAAUGAAUAUCUGGCCUUGCUUGAUUCUACCGCGGAUGGUGGUGGUGGUGGUGGUGGUAAUUGAGUGGAGAGAUUCUGGCCUGUUGAUGCUGUAAAUAAAGUGAUUUCUUAUCAUGGUAAUGCAUCUAAUAAAAACCGAUAGUUCAAUUUGUUUGUUGGCUUCUCGAUAGUAUUAGUUAUAUCCAACUAGUUGUUUCAUAAACGGGAAGAAAGUCGCGAGGAGUUUAGUUUGUCGAUUGAUUUUGUACAGAAAUGAUGCUAAGUGGUAAUUGGUUCGUGCUUUUGCUUAGAUUUAGGUUGUGUAAUGUAUUUUCACUCUUAAUAACCAUUCUUUUUUUCUUUUUUUUUU